AUUAUUCUUUAGUCAGACCGAGUUGACCCCAUUACCAAACAUUGAAACAAAUAAGCAUCGAAGUAGGCAAAAAGUACAUAGGAUAGGAGAGACUCUGUCGGAAAACCAUCGACCAACGACCCAAUCACUCCCGUCGCCGGCGAACCGGAGCAGAAACAGUUUGAAGAAUGAAGAGGAACUUAGACGGGAACGACGAGGACCAGCCUGAGCGGAAACGCCCUGCUCUUGCUAGUGUGAUUAUUGAGGCGAUGAAAGUUGACAGCUUGCAGAGACUCUGCUCCUCUCUAGAACCUAUUCUCCGCCGAGUUGUGAGUGAGGAAGUGGAACGUGCUUUGGCAAAGUUCAUCCCUUCUGGACUUGCCGAAAGUUCAAGCUCUUCUCAGAAACAAAUUGGUGGUCUGAAUAGCCGGAACUUGCAGCUGCGUUUUAGGACUAGACUAUCUCUCCCUUUAUUCACUGGAGGAAGAGUGGAAGGAGAGCAAGGAGCUGCCAUCCAUGUUGUAUUGAUAGAUGCAAACACAGGGCGUCAUGUGACGUUUGGACCAGAAGCUUCUCUCAAGCUCGAGGUCGUUGUGCUCGAAGGCGACUUCGACAAAGAAGACGGAGGAGAUUGGACUCAAGAAGAGUUUGAAAGCCAUGUUGUGAAAGAGCGUGAUGGGAAGAGACCGUUGCUUGCUGGGGACCUGUGUGUUGUUCUCAAGGAAGGGGUGGGUGCUUUGGGUGAGCUAACGUUCACUGAUAACUCGAGUUGGAUUCGAAGUAGGAAGUUUAGACUUGCUUUAAAGGUCGCCUCUGGGUGGUGUGAUGGUGGUGUAAGGGUACGUGAGGCGAAGACUGAAGCUUUCCCUGUUAAAGAUCACAGGGGAGAAUUGUACAAGAAGCAUUAUCCACCUGCUUUGAGUGAUGAGGUGUGGAGAUUGGAGAAGAUUGGUAAAGAUGGGGCGUUUCAUAAGAAACUAACCGCUGAAGGAAUAGUCAACGUGGAAGACUUUCUUAGAAAAUUGGUCAAGGAUUCUGCAAAACUACGAGCUACUCUCGGAAGCAUGUCAAACAAGAUGUGGGAUGUACUAGUGGAGCACGCAAAGACAUGUGUCCUAAGCGGUAAGCUUUACAUCUACUAUGCUGAAGAUUCAAGAUCCGUGGGCGUUGUGCUCAAUAACAUCUAUGAGUUGAGUGGCCUUAUCUCCGCGGAUCAAUACUUCUCUGCUGACUCACUCGAUGACACCCAAAAGGUAUAUGUGGAUGGAUUGCUGAAGAAGGCAUAUGAUAACUUGAACCAAGUGGUAGAGUAUGAAGGCAAAACUCUUUUGAACUUCAAUCAGCCUGAGAUGGUGAAUGUUUCUCAGACAGAACAUGUAACGGUGCCGGCAAAUUACUCUCCCCUGCCGCCGUCUCCUAUACUCGCUAGCCAGUUUUCUAGAUUCUCAUUUGAAGGGUAUAAUAAUCAAACGAUGCCAACAGCUCAGCUCCAUAACUCACAAGCACCAUUCGAUAUUGUUUUGCAGCAAGAUCAGUUUAUGGGAAUACAUCAAGGUCAAACCACCACUGGGAUGGCUCUUGGUCCUCCACAGCAAUCCACAGGCGGGUACCACCACGACAUUGGCUCUUCUUCUGUUCAUCAGGCAAAUCUUGAUCCCUUUGAAGACUGGUCACGUCAGCAUGAGAACGAGAUUCAGCUAAGAAGUGAUGAAAUGCUGGAGAGUGAGGAGAUGCAGCAGCUGCUCCAGCUCUGUACUAGCAUGGGAGGGGAUGGAGAAGGUGGAUAUGGUUUCCCGUCGUUUAUGCAAAGUACACCGAUGGUGAAGGGAUAUGAGGAGGAGCGAGUGAGGUCAGGAAAAGCGGUUGUUGGGUGGCUAAAGAUUAAAGCAGCAAUGAAAUGGGGAAUCUUCAUAAGGAAGAAAGCUGCUGAGAGAAGAGCUCAGAUUGUUGAGCUUGAUUAAAUAUGUUUACUAAUAGAUGAUUUAUUCAGGUACAGUAUAGGUAAAACAUACCUGAUCACUUGGUUUCACAUAUUUUUCAUGUUUGCCUUGGACAUGUUAUAGGUUUUAUGACAUCAACGUUACAAUC